AUGGCCGUUCCGGCUGCGCUGAUCCCUCCGGCCCCGCUGGUCCCCCCUCAGCCUCCGGUCUCAACUUCUGCCGCCUGCACCACCACCACCACCACCUCCUCGGCGGCCGCCACCUCCUCUCCGGCUCCGGCCAUCGCUCCCCCGCCGCCCGCCUCGGGGACAAACCUAUUCCGCCCGGAGCCCAUCGCAGCGCCGGCGGCGGCGGCGGCCACAGUCACCUCCACCGCCACCACCACCACCACCGGAGGCAGCGGCGGAGGCAGCGGCGGCGGCGGCGGCAGCCCCAGCCUGGGCAGCGGCACCGGCGGCGGCACCUCCGGCACCUCCACGCCCAACGCCGGCGCGGCCGGCAGCCUGCCCGGCAAGCCCGUGUACUCGACCCCGUCCCCGGUGGAGAACACCCCCCAGAAUAACGAGUGCAAGAUGGUGGAUCUGAGGGGGGCCAAAGUGGCCUCCUUCACCGUGGAGGGCUGCGAGCUCAUCUGCCUGCCCCAGGCAUUCGACCUCUUCCUGAAGCACUUGGUGGGGGGCUUGCACACGGUCUACACCAAGCUGAAGCGCCUGGAGAUCACGCCCGUGGUCUGCAACGUGGAGCAGGUCCGCAUCCUGCGGGGGCUGGGGGCCAUCCAGCCCGGCGUCAACCGCUGCAAACUCAUCUCCCGGAAGGAUUUCGAGACCCUCUACAACGACUGCACCAACGCCAGUUCUAGACCUGGAAGGCCUCCUAAGAGGACUCAAAGUGUCACCUCCCCAGAGAAUUCUCAUAUCAUGCCACAUUCUGUCCCAGGCCUAAUGUCUCCUGGAAUCAUCCCGCCAACAGGCUUGACAGCAGCAGCUGCAGCAGCAGCAGCUGCCACCAAUGCUGCCAUAGCAGAAGCAAUGAAAGUGAAAAAAAUUAAAUUGGAAGCUAUGUCCAACUACCAUGCAAAUAAUAACCAGCAUGGAGCAGACUCUGAAAAUGGAGAUCUGAAUUCAAGUGUUGGAUUGGAGCUUCCGUUUAUGAUGAUGCCCCACCCAUUAAUUCCUGUGAGCCUACCUCCAGCAUCUGUCACAAUGGCGAUGAGCCAGAUGAAUCAUCUUAGUACCAUUGCCAACAUGGCAGCAGCAGCACAAGUGCAGAGUCCUCCAUCCAGAGUUGAGACAUCUGUUAUUAAGGAACGUGUUCCAGACAGCCCUUCUCCUGCUCCUUCUCUUGAAGAGGGCCGAAGACCUGGCAGCCACCCAUCCUCUCAUCGAAGCAGCAGUGUGUCCAGCUCUCCUGCACGGACUGAGAGCUCUUCAGACAGAAUCCCUGUCCAUCAGAAUGGGCUAUCUAUGAACCAAAUGCUGAUGGGUUUGUCACCUAAUGUCCUUCCUGGGCCUAAAGAAGGUGAUCUGGCUGGUCAUGACAUGGGACAUGAGUCAAAAAGAAUACACAUUGAGAAAGAUGAGACCCCGCUCUCCACACCAACUGCAAGAGACAGCCUUGACAAACUUUCUCUAACUGGGCAUGGGCAACCACUACCUCCAGGUUUUCCAUCUCCUUUUCUAUUCCCUGAUGGAUUGUCCUCCAUAGAGACCCUUCUGACUAACAUCCAGGGUCUACUAAAGGUUGCUAUAGACAAUGCCAGAGCUCAAGAGAAACAAGUCCAACUGGAAAAGACAGAGCUGAAGAUGGAGCUCUUCAGGGAACGAGAGCUGAGGGAAACACUUGAGAAACAGUUGGCUGUGGAGCAGAAAAAUAGAGCAAUAAUUCAGAAAAGGUUAAAGAAGGAAAAGAAGGCAAAGAGGAAAUUGCAGGAAGCACUUGAAUUUGAGACUAAACGACGGGAGCAAGCAGAACAGACACUGAAACAAGCAGCUUCAACAGAUAGUCUCAGGGUCCUAAAUGACUCUCUGACCCCAGAGAUAGAAGCUGACCGCAGUGGGGGCAGAACAGAUGCUGAAAGGACAAUACAAGGUUCACUAGAUGCCUAUGCCUAGCUCCCAAUCCGGUUUCCCAAGAUCCCCUCAUCCCACACAAAAAGAUGGAAGACUUUAUUUGAAAACUACUGUCAUGUAUUGAAUUUUUCCUGCUGAAGAUACCUGUGCUAUGGUAAAGAACUUUGCAGUAAGACAUUCACCCGAAUGGAGUUCUGUGGGAACAAAAUGUUUUCAACUUCAUUUACCAAUGUUCUUCAAAAGAGUAAGGAAUUCUGCAAGAGUGUCCUCCUUUGGUUGUCUCCUGUAGCUCAAGCCAGAGCUCUAGAGAAUGUUUGUAAAUGUACACUAGCAAUCUUCUUACAGUGAAAAUCUUCAUCUGUGCACCGGACUAUUGUACCAAAACUACAGGCAGGUCAGAACAAGGUUCAGUAUUCCCUUUUUCAAGGAAUGCAGACUCUGUCCUCCUCUGAUGAUUCUAUAUUUGAGCACAUCAAAUGAUCCUUCCAGCGGUGUCAAAGUACACUUACAGACCUUACAGACUGUUAUAUCAUACCGAAACCAGCAAGACAGCUCAGAAAUGAACUUGUAGAGGGCAUAA